GGUUUCUAGGCCUAAUGGUUUCCACUCAGACUCAAUCACACAACAAGUAAGAGAGAAAAAAAUAAUCUCCUACUUCUCUCUUUUCUCUUACUAAAAACAUUUGUUUGCUUAUCAUUAAAAAAGUCUUUCAUAAAAAAAGAAAACGAUAGCCAUGAUGAGUAAACGUUGCAGUCACCUCUUAAGUCUACUGUUCGUCUCUACUCUUCUGAGCUUCCCGUUCGUAACCAUAUCGGAGACGCCGUGUCCGUACCCUUGUUACCCUCCUCCAACUGGAGGUGGCUCAACUCAACCGGCCGGUUAUUACCCUCCUCCAACCGGUUAUUAUCCUCCUCCAACCGGUUAUUACCCUCCUCCAACUGGAAAUGUACCGAAUUACCCUUCUCCACCGUACGUCGGAGGUGAUUCCGGUGGCGGAUAUUACGUUCCUCCACCGCCGGAUCCUAUCUUGCCUUACUUCCCGUUCUACUACAGAAAGCCUCCUCAUCAGACGGAUCAGUCAUCAUCUUCAUCUGUUUCUGUGGGAUCAACCGUCAAGAUUGUAACGGUGGCAAGUGUUCUUGCGUUGCUUUUGGUUAACGUCUAGUUUAUAAGUUAAAAUGAUUUUCCCUAGAUGAAACUUUAUGUUACUUCAUUACUAUAUAAGAAGUGCGCUGAUGCUAAAUGAUAUGCUUUUGUUAGUGUAAAGAUGAAUCAACAAAUUGGAGAAAGGGUUUAAACCUAUAGGCUUAUUAUUAGAACUUUAUUCGAUCCUACUUUUGCUUUUGCAUUAUUGUUAUGUUUAAUUAAAUGUAGUUUUUUUUAAAGAAAAUUACUUCAUGUUGUUA